CAUUUUUCCUGAAAGUCCCACACACAGGGUGAAAAUGAUCUGGUUCCGAACACGGAUGAGCCCUGUGGGAUAGAGACCCUUGAAGGUAACAGAGAGGCAGAGCUCAUGAACCAGCUGGUGCCUGUCUUUUUUGGUAGGAACCCCGACUGGGGCAGCACCUUCAGGUCUAUUUACUCAGGUUUCAUCACCAGCCAGCAGGUGCUGGAGCUGCUCUUCCCAAGUGCCGUGCCCAUCAACCCGGGUACCUGGAUGGAGCAGUACAGCGAGGCUUUCCAUCAGCCUCCAGGCCUCAUGAUUCUCCAGCUGCUGCUGCCUUACCUUCAACUGUACAUGGGUGGCUUGAAUCUGGAGCGCCAAGCACACCACCUGCUGGCACAGCUGGAGGAUGGCAAGUCCAGUGAGGCACAGCCUGAGUUCCAGGAGGCCCAGGCUACAGGCUCACUUCCAAUGCCCACCCCAGGGCUAGAGCCUCAUCAAGGAGCUGCUCUGGUGGCCAGUGAUGGAGCAGCACCAUCGCCAGAGGCAGAGCUCAAGUCCAGUUCCCCCAAGGUCUCUGCUCCUAGCUCCACAGUACCUCUGUACAACCAGCGA